UCACUGUGAAGUGGGCCCAUGUUGGCAUAGACUCAAUCCGAUAACGUAACGGUCCGGAUUGCCGCUGUGAGCCCGACCGCCCAAACCUUACCCGUUCACACUCCCACCCGUCUGAGCCGUCUCUUCGUCCCCAACCCGUUCGGCGAAAUGCCGCCGCCGCCGCCGCUCUUCCUCUCGCUCCCCUCCCCUCCGCCUCCGCCGUUACCCGUCCACCUCCCCAAGGCCGCCCAAACACUAGCGCUAUCCCCGUCCGCGCCGGCCAGGAAGACCCUCCCCGUGUGCUCCGUCGCCUCCCCGCGCCACUCCGGCUACUUCGACCCCCGGGCCCCGCCGCCGCCGCCGCGGGGGGACGGGUACGGGCGGCCGCCUCCGGCUCCGCACGCGAACGGAGGGCAGGACGGGAGGGUGUUCACUAGCUACAGCAUCUACAAGGGCAAGGCCGCGCUGUCGUUCGACCCCAGGCCGCCGCAGUUCGUGCCGCUCGAUUCUGGGGCGUACAAGGUGGCCAAGGAGGGGUUUGUGCUGCUGCAGUUCGCGCCCGCCGUGGCCACACGGCAGUAUGAUUGGACUCGCAAGCAGGUGUUCUCAUUAUCUGUGUGGGAGAUAGGUACCUUGCUUACUCUUGGUCCAACAGAUUCAUGCGAGUUCUUUCAUGACCCUUUCAAGGGGCGGAGUGAGGAAGGUAAAGUGCGCAAGGUCCUAAAGGUUGAGCCAACACCAGAUGGAAAUGGUCGCUUUUUCAAUCUUAGUGUCCAAAACCGUCUUCUGAACAUUGAUGAGAGCAUUUACAUCCCUAUAACCAAAGGAGAAUUUGCUGUCAUUGUAUCGACUUUCAAUUACAUCAUACCACACCUCAUGGGCUGGAGCGUAUUUACAAGUUCUAUCAAGCCCGAGGAUUCACGGCCAUACAACAGGCCACAGUCCACACCUGAGUACGAGUGGCGAAGGUGACUAAUGAUGAACACGAGGGGAGAUGGCUACAACUCAAAGGAUGAACUUGUUUGGUUUGGUUCAUAAUUUGGUUGGGUAAUCUGUGAUGUGGUUGGUUGACGAAUGUUUUUGGGGGUUCCUCCCUUUCUUUCCUUUCUACUAGUUAAGUUGGCGGGUAGGACUCCUGCUAGAAUUCCUCUGCUGUCAAGAGUUGCACGGCGUCGGGGCCAUGUGUUGGGACACAAAACUCAAGUUCUGACUUACGAGGCAGCAGCAAAUCCCAGUUGUUGAAGUGAGAUAGCUGCACGCCAAAGGCUUCAUGUCAAUCUGCUCCCUGAUCCACGGUUCUUAGAGGCAUGCAGCCGAGAAAUGAUUUGCAAUGCAAGGAAAGGGAUGAUAUUACAUUCUUGAAAUGCUUACCAGAGAUUAUUGUACAUGUAGCCUCUGUUGGAAGCAUCUGCGUUGCUCCCCUACGGAUGCUUGCAUGGCGGAA